AUGGAGUCUGAGAAAUGUAAACACGAUUACACUAUCCGCGUGAUGACCAGCGCCGACACUCCCGGUGCUCUCCGUGUGUUUGCCAGUCAUGGCCUGUUUGAGGCCAACCAUUCGCUGGACACGUAUCGGCUAAUGGAUUGCAAUGCCUUUUAUGUGGCCAUCGAUGAUACCAAUGGUGCGGUGAUCGGUGUGUGCGGGGGUCCGUUCCUACGGCCAGACAUGGCGUUCAUAGGGCUGUACGGAGUGGACGAGCGGUACGCCGGCCGAGGAAUCGGACAAAAACUAUUCGCGGAAGUCAUGACACAUAUCGGCGACCGGAAUGUCUGUUUGUGGUCAGUGGCCGACAAACUGCCCCUUUAUAGAGAUAGGCUGGGCUUCGGACUGGUAUCCGAGCACCGGAUGGUUAUCUACUUCGGGAAAGACAUCAAAUCAUUGCCUUUAAAUACAGAUAAUAAUAAUAACAUAAAACUGUUGCCUAUAGGGGUCGGGGAUCAGGAGCUGAUUGAUAGGGUUAUAGACUAUGACCAACAGAUUCAAGGCUACCGGCGCCAAGAGUUGUUGGGGUUAUCAUUGAGAGAACCGGGAUGUGUGGCACUGGUAGCCAUACAUACCGUCACCGAUCAGGUGGUGGGCUAUGGGUGCGUACGAGAGCAUAGCUCCGGUGCCACUACCCUGAGCCCGGUCUACGGGAACGGUAUGUUAAUAGCGAGACAACUGAUGGAGGGGCUGGUGAGGGACAGCGAGUGGUGUCAGAGGAAUGGCUUUUAUUACUAUACGGUGGACACGAAUAGGUCGGCCAUAGAGUUGGCCGGACUGUUGGCGCUCGAGCGGCACGAAGACUGUCGGCUACUGUUCCGGAAAGCCGUCGUAGGCGUCGACUAUCACCGCAUUUACUCCAUAUUAUCGCCUAAUUUCUCGCUUUGA